GGGGCCUGCCUCUGCCGGGCGUGUGGUCAUAGUUGGCACCCCUUGACCCGGGGCCUAUCAGCUGUUCCACGGAAGCGGGAGAGGCCCGUCCUCUCCACAUGAGCCGGGCAUCCACGUUCCGGGAAAAGGUGCUCCAUCCAGGAUUCCUCCUCUUCCCCGGUUUCCACUCCCACCUAAACUGGCUCUGCCGAGGCUCCCUGUCUUGCUCAGAACCGUGGCCUUUCCCUCGACCCCACCCCGUUAGCAGGAGGCGGCAGCCAGGGGGAGGUGGACGAGCCCCACCUGCACACUCGGCUCAGCCCUGUCGGCAACAGCCUGUGAAAUAAUUUUUUCUUUUGUUAGGGGGAGGAUAGCAAAACGGAUUUGCGGACAUGGGCGCACCUAUUGUUGCGGCUUCUCGCCCGGCGCUGCAGCCCUUUUGCACAUCCUGACAGCUGAUGCUACUCUUCGAUAGGUGGCUUGAUAAAUCCACAAUGGAUCAUGUAGUCUCGUAACCGUUUCUCUUAUUCGCUGCCUCAUGUUAGCAACUGUUAACCUUGGGGUGGAUGCGAUCAUCAUCUUUUUCUGUGGCUGGCAGUCCAUUAGUGUAACAAGGUGCUCGAUUUUCGUUUCCUAGAGCGGGCUGAUGGUUCAAAGCAUUGCAAGAAUGGCAAGAAAGCAGCCUGCUUGAGGAAUUUGGCAUGCAAUGCAUCUAGGUACAGGACCUGAAAAUCAGAAAUCUCUGGUGUGGUGGCAAAUUUAUCCUUUACUGGAACGGUGUACUAAUAAAAUAUUUUCUGAAGCCCAUGCAUAAGAUGAGCAAGUGUUUUAAACAGUAGUUUAUCUUUCAUAAUUCCAUUUUGUCUUUUACUCUGAUUGGAUUGUGAAACUCUGCCUUGUUCUGGUAAUUCCAUCAAAUAUAAUGGGAUGGGGCUCAUGCUGUGGAGGUAGCAGAAAUAGAUGGCAUUUCCUUGCAGGGGUUGGGGUUGAUGAUCCCUAGUAUCUUCAGUUUGUUUUAAAAAUUCUCAGAUGGGUUGGGAAAGAUCUGUUUUGAUGUAUAUGAGUUGUUGCCAUUGAAAAUGGAUUGGCUAGAUGAAUUAUUAACCUUCCUCAGUAUGUGCAAGUUUCACAUAUUUAGAAAUAUUCACCCUUAGUUAGGAAAGUGUGUAGUCUGCAGGGUUUGUCCUAAUCAUCAUAUAAUACUGUUUAAGAAGUAUUGCCUCGAAUUUGGCAUAACUUGUCACUUGAGAUCAUUUUUGUGCUGUACAUGAACUGUUUCUGAGUAUUUUAAAUGAGCCAUUUUAAAAUGAAGCAGAAUUAUAGUCAGUGCAAUCUCAAAAGAGAUUUCAACACUUUGAUUUUGCACAAUUUGAGUUUGAUGUUUUCAAUAUAGCAUGUUUCUCUGGUAUAAAUUAACUAUUUAGAAUAGUUUUUAGGAAAAAAUAUAGUGUGUUUCCUUUGUCAAACAACAUUUUGAUAUUUUAUUGCUUUGUUAAUGGUGUGCUGAACAAAAAAUGAUUUUUGUAUAGCGCAUAACAUUUUUAAAUUUAAAUUUCAAGAUGUUUUAACUGUUGGUCUGAUAUGAUUCCCCCCUCCCUUUUGAGUGAUGAAGCCAUAAAUAUUUUUACAACAAAUCCAUUUUUCUGUAAAGAUAUAUUGAUUGUAUCUUGUAGAGAACAUAAGAACAUUACUAGUUUUGAUUAUUCAUGAUGGAAGAAACUGUGGUGCCUAAACAUUUCUAGAGGCUGAAGUCUAGAGUGCAAAAAAUAUUAGAGGUGGUAAUUUUUUUUAAAUAAAAUAAUGAAUAAAAUAAUAAUAGCAUGGUGUUAAAAAGUCAUCUACAGCAACAAACACAUUUUUUUUUUAAAAAAAAGAUAAUAAAUGGGCAAAACUGUUAUAUUCUGGACUUUGGGAGCCAGAGAAACCCAUGUACAGAGUCCUCCUGUCAGUACAGGGAGGGGUGGCUUAUUUCCUCCCUCCCUUGUCAUAAUGUCAUUGGUGUUGCUCAUCCUAAAUGUAAUUUUUGGUAUAUUACCGGUAGUAUUAUGCUGUUCAUUCUGUUUGUAUCUGCUAGGAAUGGAUAAACGUCCAUGCACUGAUAGCCUCUCCUGUACUGGUUUUGGUAUUUUGUUAUUUUUGUCUGGUUGUUGCUUUGCAGGGAUGUGCUUUUAGGCAUGUUCAUCCAUUACACAACACAGACUUGACUUCUCCACCCACAGCAAUCCAUUUUUUUAAAUAGUGAGUAAGAAGCAAGAAUGCCUCUGGAAAGAAGAAUCAAGUGACAGGUCUAGUUUGAAUACGCCUUGCCUGAUUGUGUUUAAGAACAAGCUGACAGUGGCAUAAUUAAGAUGGUAUUUUUGUGCACAUCCUGAGAGCAAGCAAAUACCAGUUUCAGGAGUUAGGAAAGUCAGAAUCCAUUUUCCAAGCAUCAUUAACUACCCUAAGUUCAUGUACCUAACAUCUGAUGGAUAGUACAGUAUAAGUCAACCUUCACCUGCUGGGCUGGCUGAGGCCAACGGGAGUUGUCCAAAACAUCUGGAGGGCAUCACAUUGGCAAAGGCUGAUUUAAGGCUUGCAUGUUAUCCAAAGCUGAAGGAAAUGUGUACCUAGCUCCACUCCAGGAGGUGCACAGAAUGUUUGAAUAAUGAGCACAAGACUGAUUGUAUAUUGUGAUGCUCUUUGAGGGGAUGAGGAUUUAAUCCUUGCACAAACUCUGUAAUUUAGGCCAGUGCUAUCCACAAUUGAUCCUCAUGUAUAAUCCAGAAAUGUUGGGUGUGCAAUGGGGCUAGGGCUACCUAAAUAGGAUGGUAGCUUAGUGUUAGAGCAUCUGGUUUUCAUGUAGAGUGGUGCUCCAGGUUCAAUCCACAGCAGCACACAUCAAUAUCACCAUCUGAAAUCCAAGGGGACCACUGCUAGUCCAUGUAGACAAUACUGAUCUAGAUAGAUCAGGUGUAUAAGGCAGCUUUGUUUGUUUCCUGUAGUUUGCAUCUGAGAUGAGCUUUUGACUGGAGACUGCUCCUUUACCAGCUCUGAUUCUAAUGAUUUGAUUUUGUUUCCUUAGAAAACUUAUCCCAGUUGCAUAGCAUAAACCAGUGAAGUGUGUGUGAAGAAGUGGGAAAUCUGGGGAGAGCUGAAGAAAAUCAUGUUGCUUGCAAAUGAUGAUCAGCUCCAAGAAACUAUGUCUUCAGAAAUGAAAGCUUGUACCUACUAUAAACAGUGAUUGGCCUUAAGUAGACUAGAAACCACAGUCGAGAAACUUCAGAGGAACUCGUCCUUACCUGGUUACCUUGUAUCAUAAAUCAAUCAUGUAUGGAAGUGCUCGGUCAGUUGGUAAAAUUGAGCCAAGUAGCCAGAGUCCUGGGCGUUCACCAAGGCUGCCGCGAUCGCCACGCCUAGGCCAUCGUCGAACCAACAGCACAGGUGGCAGUUCUGGAAGUAGUACUGGGGGUGGCAGUGGCAAAACUCUUUCUAUGGAAAAUAUCCAAUCCUUAAAUGCUGCCUAUGCCACUUCGGGCCCUAUGUACCUAAGUGACCAUGAGAACGUGGGUGCAGACACGCCUAAAAGCACCAUGACUCUUGGACGAUCUGGGGGGCGCCUGCCUUAUGGUGUUAGGAUGACUGCUAUGGGCAGCAGCCCCAACAUUGCCAGUAGUGGGGUUGCCAGUGAUACUAUAGCAUUUGGAGAGCAUCAUCUUCCUCCUGUCAGCAUGGCAUCCACAGUGCCUCAUUCACUGCGCCAGGCUAGGGACAACACUAUAAUGGACCUGCAAACACAGCUCAAGGAAGUGUUGCGGGAAAAUGAUUUACUACGCAAGGAUGUAGAGGUGAAAGAAAGUAAACUUAGCUCCUCCAUGAACAGUAUCAAGACGUUCUGGAGUCCUGAACUCAAGAAGGAAAGAGCCCUGAGGAAAGAUGAGGCAUCAAAAAUAACUAUUUGGAAAGAACAGUAUCGAGUUGUACAGGAAGAAAACCAGCAUAUGCAGAUGACAAUCCAAGCUCUUCAGGAUGAGCUUAGGAUCCAGAGGGACCUGAACCAGCUUUUUCAGCAAGACAGCAGCAGUCGAUCCAGUGAACACUUUGUGACAGAGCUUACAGAGGAGAACUUCCAACGGCUUCAUGCAGAACAUGAGCGCCAGGCCAAGGAACUUUUCUUGCUCCGCAAAACCUUGGAAGAAAUGGAGCUGCGCAUUGAGACGCAAAAACAGACCUUAAAUGCUCGUGAUGAGUCCAUCAAAAAGUUGUUGGAAAUGUUGCAGAGCAAGGGGCUGUCAGCAAAAGCAACAGAGGAGGAUCAUGAGCGGACAAGACGGUUGGCCGAGGCAGAAAUGCAUGUGCACCACUUGGAAACCUUGCUGGAGCAGAAGGAAAAGGAGAACAACUUGCUAAGGGAGGAAAUGCAUCGUCGUUUUGAAAAUGCACCUGAUUCUGCCAAGACUAAAGCUUUGCAGACUGUUAUAGAGAUGAAGGAUUCUAAGAUCUCUUCCAUGGAGCGUGGACUCCGAGAUUUGGAAGAAGAGAUCCAGAUGCUGAAGUCAAAUGGAGCCCUCAGUACAGAGGAACGAGAGGAGGAAAUGAAACAAAUGGAGGUGUAUCGUAGCCAUUCCAAAUUCAUGAAAAACAAGGUAGAGCAACUGAAGGAAGAGCUAAAUGCCAAAGAGGCUCAAGGAGAGGAGCUGAAAAAGAGAGUGACUUCUCUCCAGACUGAGAUUGGUCAGGUGAAACAGGAACUGUCACGCAAAGACACAGAGCUGUUGGCCUUACAGACAAAAUUGGAAACCCUCACAAACCAGUUUUCUGAUAGCAAGCAACACAUUGAUGUUCUGAAGGAGUCCCUCACAGCUAAAGAGCAGAGAGCUGCCAUCCUGCAAACAGAGGUGGAUGCUCUCCGGUUACGUCUAGAAGAGAAAGAGACCAUGUUGAAUAAAAAGACUAAGCAAAUUCAGGAGAUAGCUGAAGAGAAAGGAACUCAAGCUGGGGAGAUUCAUGAUCUCAAAGAUAUGCUGGAUGUGAAAGAACGCAAGGUUAAUGUUCUUCAGAAAAAGAUUGAGAAUCUUCAGGAACAGUUAAGAGACAAGGAGAAACAGAUGAGCAGUUUGAAAGAAAGGGUAAAAUCCCUGCAGGCUGAUACCACCAACACCGAUACUGCCUUGACCACACUGGAGGAAGCACUUGCGGAGAAGGAACGUACAAUUGAGCGCCUGAAGGAGCAGCGCGACAGAGAUGAGCGAGAAAAACAGGAGGAGAUUGACAACUAUAAAAAAGAUGUUAAAGACCUGAAAGAGAAAGUCAGCGCCUUGCAAGGAGAUCUUUCUGAGAAAGAGACUUCAUUACUGGAUUUGAAGGAGCAUGCAUCAUCUUUAGCAUCAUCAGGACUGAAGAAAGACUCUAGGUUAAAGACAUUAGAAAUUGCCUUGGAACAGAAAAAGGAAGAAUGCCUGAAACUAGACUCUCAGCUGAAAAAGCAUCCUGAAGUCUUAUUGAGUCACCCAUCCAAGCCAGCUCAUGAAGCAACAUUGGAGGCUAGGGCCAGUCCAGAGAUGAGUGACCGAUUUCAGCAAUUGGAAAGAGAUGUGGCUCGCUACCGGGAAGAAUCCAGUAAGGCUCAAGCUGAACUGGAUCGUCUGCUAGAAAUCCUGAAAGAGAUGGAGAAUGAGAAGAAUGAUAAAGACAAGAAGAUAGCAGAACUAGAAAGGCAAAUUAAAGAUCAGAAUAAAAAGGUAGCAAAUCUGAAACAUAAAGAACAAGUGGAGAAGAAAAAGAGUGCACAGAUGCUAGAAGAAGCUAGACGGCGAGAAGACAAUCUUAAUGACAGUUCCCAGCAAUUGCAGGACAGUCUGCAUAAGAAGGAUGAUCGAAUUGAGGAGCUAGAAGAGGCACUGAGGGAGAGUGUGCAAAUAACGGCAGAGCGUGAAAUGGUGUUAGCUCAAGAAGAAUCAGCCAGGAUACAGUCUGAAAAACAGGUGGAAGAGUUGAUGAUGGCUAUGGAGAAAGUAAAACAAGAGCUGGAAUCUAUGAAAGCAAAGCUGUCCUCUACCCAACAUUCUCUGGCUGAGAAGGAAACCCACUUGACCAACUUGCGGGCUGAGAGGAGGAAACAUUUGGAGGAGGUCCUGGAGAUGAAACAAGAAGCCCUUCUAGCUGCCAUUAGUGAAAAAGAUGCCAAUAUUGCUCUGCUGGAGCUAUCGUCCUCCAAGAAAAAAACCCAAGAUGAAGUAGCUGCACUUAAACGAGAGAAAGACCGCUUGGUGCAACAGCUGAAGCAACAGACUCAAAAUCGCAUGAAAUUGAUGGCAGAUAACUAUGAGGAUGAUCAUCUCAAAUCGUCAUCUCAUUCCAACCAAACUAACCAUAAACCCUCCCCAGAUCAGGUAAUUCAGCCCCUUUUAGACCUUGAUCAGAAUCGCAGCAAGUUGAAGUUGUAUAUUGGACAUUUGACAGCCCUGUGCCAUGACCGGGACCCCCUGAUUCUCCGAGGACUCACCCCGCCUGCUUCCUACCACCAGGAUGACAACCAUGCAGCUUGGGAGAAGGAGCUGCAGAAGAUGACUCUGGAGCAGCUUCACAAUGAGCUGGAAAAAGGUGAGAGGGACAGUGCAGAGCUACAAGAGUUUGCCAAUGCCAUUCUACAGCAGAUAGCCGAUCACUGCCCUGACAUCCUGGAGCAAGUUGUCAAUGCACUUGAAGAGUCAUCAUGACCGAAGCCAGUGCUAGCCCCCUAGCAGCAGCAUGCCUGGGGGCCAAGCCCGGUCAGUCCAAGGAGUCAUGAGGAUGCAGAAGUGUGUGAAAGUGGGGAGGGGGAGAAAACAGAAACUUUUGGUGCACCUUUUUAUAAAAAGAAACAAAUGAACCUAUCUCCGCUCUUCCAGUUUAUAGAUACUGAUUCAUGUCUGCAUUCAUCCUCUCACUGCCUUUCUUCUUUGGAAUAUGCCUCCCAGUUACUUUUCCUGUUGGCUUUGGGAUACGUCUGCUCAGAAAUUUACUGAGUUCAGAAAGCAUGGAAGUGGCAAUAUAUUGGACACAAGUAGUUCUGGUGAUCCUUGAAGUGGUGGCAGGAGAACACUUGCCUUGAUUUUUUUUUUCCAGUUAGUAGAAAUCUUUGGCCUACCUUCCUUUAUGGGGGAAGUUGAGUAUGCUCUGAUAGCGGCCCACAGUUGGCCAACAUUGAUUUAGCUAGCUCAAGGUAUGCUGUCUAUGUCUGCACAGGAGUUUUAUCCUAAAAGCAGAAGUUGUUACAAGGAGAUGGGUGGUGAGGAGAAUCCCUUGUUCUCUUUGGUAACUUCAAUUGAGUAAGAAUGGGAAACAUGUUUUCUCUGGUUUUCUGCCUAUUGUAAGCCUUGUUUUUGUUUACCAAAAUAGCUAUGAAAUGCAUGUGGCUGUUGGGGAAGGAUCCUACCUGAAACCCUGGAGAGCCACUGCCAGUCAACACUACUAAGCUAGAUGGCAGGUUCCUGUGUUUUCUUUAGUCAAGUUUCUUGCUCUUCUGGCAAAUUUUAGAACCUUUUCUACAUAGCUUUGCAUUCUCAUUUGAAGGGUGCUCUCUUUAUGCAUGACUUCUCAUUUUUAUCUAUUUCUGAUUUCUUAGGGGUUUACUUUAUAAGCUACUAGAUAGCUUAUAAAGCUCCAAGAGUACUAGAUAUGGUCGCCCCUACUGCUAUCUUCUACAACACUCACCAAAGAUUGAGUAAACUCAAGAUAGUUUCUCUAAAUGGCAUUCUCUUAAUGUAUCCAAAUUCACAGGCUCAUAAAUAGGAAACUGGCUAUUCACGUGUUUUGCACUAAUUGUGAAAAUGCAGUUUUAUUCCGGGCAGCAUUUUAUGCAUAGUGUCAUUCUUCAGGCAUUCACAAGAACUCUGGUAUCAGGUUAUUUCUUCCUGAGAGGAACUGUUUUUGAUUUUUAUUCUUGCAGAUUUCAGGAUUAAUAGAAUCUUUUGGAGCAGACAUAGAAGAAAGAGUUAGGAUUCUGAACUUAAAGAAAUAAGAGAAAAGAUCACUGUUCCUUACAAUGCUUUCCUAACUCGUUUACCUCUAUGAUGAUAGCCCAAAUCACCAUGCUUGGCUUUUCCAGCUUAAGCAAUUUAUACAUGGAUAGGCCCAUGCAUUCAAAGUUUAGAAAGCAGACACUCUCUCAAAGCCUUUUUCUUUUCCCCUUCAACAGUAUCCCCUCUCCACCAGUGCAACUUUCCAAUUUGGCAAUCCACACCCUAAGACAUUAUUUUCUAUGUAGCAAGGAAUAAUUUUCUAUAAAGUUACUGUUCAGUCAUUACCAUCUUCAACCCACGGACAUUGAACCAGCCUCAGUAUCCCCAAUCAGGAGCCUCUCUGACUGAAUCAAGAGUCCUCUAGGCACUCUAUGAAUCCUUUAUUGCUACUUUUUAUACACAUAGUUUAUGCCUUUGAAAAUGAAAGGAUGCAGUCAGUUCUUCAAGAUGCUCCAUUUCUUCCUUUCAUUCUCAUGCAGGAGAAGGAACCUGGGGAUACCUCAGAAAGGAGAUAUCGUAUGAAUAAGAUUGGUUUGGAAUGUCAAACAGUGUUUCUCAUGUGGAUUUUCUGAUGAGAAAUUCACAUUGCUGUCUUAGUUAGCACCUUCAGGACUUUGGAGAUCCGGAAUGAUAGUUUUAGAGCUGAUGGCAUUAAUAGCCUGAGGCUGAUGCUUUUUCUCAGAAAGGCAGGCGGGGGGAGAGACUUGAAUGUUCUCAAGGUUGAAAUUGCCUUUACCGGAAGGCAUGUAGACAGUGACUGUACAUACCAUUGAGCCAUGCCUCAUACCAGAACCGCGCCUUUGCCCCCAUUGUUUUGAGUCAGCACAUUUUGAUAGGAGCUGUUGUUUUGAAAUCUCCCUUAUAGCCUUUUCUUCUUCAUCCCUAAUUACUCACUGUAGGGAUUUAAUGCUGCCUGUAAAACCAUCUCAGCCUUCAGGCCUAACAUCUUCCCACCACCACCACUCCCAGGCUAUCCUAUUAAGUUAUAUGGCCGCGUCUCCAGCUGCCCUUGUUCCCUGCUGUAAAACAAUCCACUCUCUCUGUGGGGGAAGCUAUGGAAUUUUCCUUAUCAGCGGUUGAAAUGACUUCUGCUUGUAAACCUCUUACUCAGAUGCUCUUUGAUAGUGGCUUUGGGGGCAGGGGUGUUGCUGAAAUUUUGGGAGUGGAGAUGGAGAUAGUUGCUUGUGGUUGAUACUUCAUCCCCAUGUGCUUCUGGCACUGUGCAUAAAUCACAUAAACCGGAGUUCUCCAUGCUAGUAUUUUUGGAGACUUUAACUCAGCUGCCGCCAUGUGGCUGUGCUACUACAGACGCAGGAGCAGCUUAAGCAGAGAGAUGCCAUUCGCAAGGCAGUGUGUACAGGGUCCACCAAAAUGAAAUUGGGAUAAAGCCCAUUGUUUACACUCCACUCUACUCACAGCAUGUGAUUCAGGGGAGGAGGGGAUUUGUGAAACAGAGCCAGUUCCCACACUGGCCAUUUGGUUUCUGUCACCCAGCAGCACACCUGCUGUUUGAACCCCUCCCUCUCCAAGCCCAAGCCUGGAGUAUGCAUCUCUUUCAACUCCUCUCUUAUCCCACCACCAUGCACACAACUUUCCCACCCCAUUCCAUGAGCUCAGAGUCCUGUCACCCUAAUGCCUAAGCUCCCAGUAAAAAAAUGAUCUAAUCCCUCAGUAAAGUAGAGAGAGAAAGAGAGAGAAUAAGCAAGAUCUUAUCUUGGAACAAUCACCUGACUUUAUCAGCAGUGUGCCAUUGCAGAUAAUCUCCUUGAUGCCAUUUGGAUAGAGGUCCUGUCUCUCUGCAUUUCUCUAGGAACUGUGGAGCCUUAAAUACAAGGUGUUGGCCAUGAAAUGUUGUUGAACCUGGCCUGCUUCAACUUGCUUCCUUUAACAGAAGAGUGCAAGAUAGUUGACUGCCUUGUGGGUCUGGUUAACAUUGUUAACGUUAUAUGAGAUAUAAAAUGUGCAUAUCCAAAAGGGUUAUAUGUGGCAAUCUGACUGCCACUACACUAUCACAGCUCUGGAAGAUUUUUGUAUCUGCCAUAUCUGAAAUGAGUGAGAUCUACCACAGAAAAUACAGCUCUGGACAGUUGUGCUAGAAACGUAUUGUUUCCGCACCUUCCUUGUUAUUCAGUCCAGCUUUCAGAAAUAGCCUCUUAUCAGGGGACUCUAAAAUCUCUUGUUUUACACUAGCAAUGGCCAUAUACUUUUGUUGCCAGAUUAUAAAAAGGCUUGGUUGUAUUGAAGGAAUGUGGUGUUGCUUUUUCAAGCUAUAAAGAUGCUAAUAUGUAAAAGGUGGUUAUAAACUUCAGGAACCCCCUAUAGAGGGAGUAGUGGAGCAGUUUGUCUUAAAUUUGAUGCAGUUAUUAAAACUCUCUGGACAAUCUAGGUAAUUUCUUGACAUCCUAAUUGGACUGCUUAAUGCUCCCAAGGAAUCCAGAUUCUGCUUCCAAUUCUAUCAAAUCCAGGUGUUUUAAAAUAAUAAAAUAAAUGGCACUUCAGACUCUGAAUUGUACAGUGACACUAGCUACUAAUGUUCAAAAAACUAAUAAGAGACACAUCUUAGUGAAAUGUCUUUUUCAUGUUUGGGGUCUGCUAUGAUUAUUGCCUUUUGCUAUUGCUUUCACUCAAAAAAUGCCAAACUCUAAAAAUCCAAAACUGAACGAAAUGGUUAGAGUGUGUGCUAUCAAAUACCAGUGUAUUUGGGUCUUCUUGGUGUAUUUUGGAAGAUCACUGUGAAAUAUGUAGUAUGGGAGUUUUAGGCAUCUGUUUUUCUCUAUUCUAACAUUCAGGGAGCAUUCCGUUUUGGAAAAUUCUUAUAUCUGAAACACUAAGUUAAUGGAACACUGAUUUCCUCCUAUCUCACACCUCUGUGCUAGCAACUGAGCAUGGGUUCGUGGAGUGACUUGAGUGAAAAUGUCAAAAGAGUUGGAGUUAGAAGGUGCUACUUCAGAGAACUAAACAGUCAUGGAAAACAGGUUCUUGAUUUAAUAAUACUGCCCCUAGUGGUGGGAGUGGAAUUGGGAAGUCAGGCAAUUGGUGGAUGGGAGCUGCCAGAAUUGACAAGACAAAACUCUUCUCAUGCCAAUCACUCAGUCUUGUCAGUGCAGCAGGUGCUGUUUUUAUAAUACAAUAUUUUUUAACUUUUUUCCAUUUGUAGAGGAAAGCCGUUAUCCUUCUGAACAAAAUGGCUGUGUCUGUUGACCUUUUUUAAAAAAGAAAAUAAAAGCAUUUCCAAACUUUUUAGUGUCAAAAGUGUAAUCAUAAGAAUACUGACUUUUUUCAGUGUGUGUGGCGAGUGCUGUAACCCUGUCAUCAUUGGUAUUUCCCCUUUCCUUUUUCAGGGGUAUAUUUUUUAUUUUUUAUUUUCCUGUUUUGUUCUCUGCUUGUCAAUUAUUGUCUGUGUGGUCCUCUGGCUGGGACAAUUACCGACAAUGUGUGUCUGUUGUCCAGUUUUAAAUAAAAAAAAGAUAGAAGUAGAAAUGAAAAAGUUGUGUAUUAAAAAUAUAAAAAAUUAAAUGUAUCAUCCAAAGGAAUUCAAAAUAUGAAAAGGCAAAGUUCUGGACAACUCCUCCCAGUUUUAUAAGGAAAUGGAUUUUUUAGGUUCAAGGUACCUUUCAAUUGCCUUUGACAGACCAAGGAAGACCAAACCAGUGUGGCCUUCUUAGCAAUGUUGUUAACUCCUGAUUUUACCCCUCUCCCAAUACUGUAAUGUAUGGAUGACCUUUCAAAAACAGGAAGGGGCAGCAUUAGAAACUACUUUUUCCAUUGAUAUCUCUGGGGCUUUAAUACUGCAAAUUUAAAUAGAAGGGAUGCAUUGCAGCAUUUUUGCACACUCUUUUAGUCUCUAUUUUUUACACGCAAACUACUUAGUAUUUCUUAAUGCACCUUCAUUUAUGUCAGUCCCACUUUAUUUGUGUGUUAUUUUGUAUGUACCCACUUUUGAAAAGGUGCAUUCAGAAUCUUACAACAAAGGGCUUGCCAUUCUUUUCUGCACCAGUGGGAUGGAAUCUUUUUAAUCUACUUUUAAAGGGUAUGGCCAACAUAAAUCUGCAUAUCACAAAUACUGUUGCUACUAGCCAUAUCUUAAUUUAUUUUACAUGAAUGUACCUCUUUUUAAAAUCCUGGUAAAUUUGGGGGAUAUCAGUAACCCUUUCAGUUUGAGAUUACCUAUGUUCCUGUGCUGCUGUCUAUUUAAUUCACUGUCCAUUGCUGCAGCAGAAAUCAAAGUUGAGAAUGCUGGGAUACAUUUUUGUUAAUAUGGGAUAUAAACAUUAAGCCAAGCUUAAUUGAUAUUCUUCCUUUAAUUUGUUUUUUAGGCAUCUUUCAUGGCUUAGGGUGAGUCUUGGCAUCUCUCAAUCAUUUCACCUUGUAAACCUGGGUUUCCCAAACUUGGGUCUCCAGCUGUUUUUGGACUACAACUCUCAUCAUCCCUAGCUAGCAGGACCAGUGGUCAGGGAUUAUGGAAAAUGUAGUCCAGAAUCAGCUGGAAGCCAAAGUUUGGGAAACCCUGUUGAGGGAACCCAGGAUUUGGCUUAAUACUAGUUUCAGUGGACACCUCCUAAAUACAAAUAUUUCCCAGGUUUUGCUUCUCUCAGCUAGUCUUCUGUCCUUCAGUGAUAUUUGGUAUGCUAGAUCUAAGCAUAUUUAUGCAUAUCAAAAGUUCAUGUUCUUCUUUAGGUUCCGUAUAAGUAAAUGGAGUUGUAUCCAGAAGACGCUGCUGGCAUGACUUAAAGCUAAUGUAACAUCAUGUUCAUUCAUCCCUGCCAGGACAGUAUUGCUACUUCCCUCUCAUUUACCUCAUGCUGAAUUUAGAUCAUCAGGAUCUGUUUUAACAAAUUUUUCGUGAAGGCAGCACAGUGAGCUGUCAAAGGGAGUGAAAAAUUGUAGGAUGACCCCUACACACACACACACACACACACACACACACACACACACACCCCUCUCAUGCAUACACUACAGAAAGUGAUCUUCUACUAUUUGGAAAGUGAUGUGUUGCACUUUAACAGAGGAGGAGAUGAGCUUUGCAUAUAUAGUCUGGCAUACUUUGAGUUCCUUCUGGAAGGAGCAGCAGCAGGAGAUAAUAGAUGUCUGUGAUGCAAGUGCGCACGCUGCCUUCAACUUGUAUGUGUUUUAUUGAUGGAGUCAUGUUACUGACAGGAUAAUGAAUUGCAAAGAAAUUGUGUUAUAUAUUCAACUUUGCCUUGAUAAUAGAAACACUUUUGUUCAGUUUUUUUCUUUCCUUUUUUUUAUUCACAAACUAAGUUCAUGAGGAAAUUAUAAAAUUAUUUAAAGAUGAUGCUGUCUGGUUGUUGUUUUUAAUUGCCUUUUAACCUUCCUCUUGCCACACUUCCUUCCGUACCCUCACGUGUACAGUAGUUGCUAUACUGACUGCAAAGGAUAAGAGCAUAAGAAGAGCCUGCUGGAUAUGUAGCCCAGCAUCCUGUUCUCGCAGCGGGCAGCCAGAUACCAAUCAAAGCCUGCAUUCAGGACAUGAACACAACAGCACUCUCCUUCUGAUUCCCAGCAACUGGUGUGCAGAGGCAUAUUGCCUCCAGCAGUGGAGGUAGAGCAUAGUUGUCACAGGUAGUAGUUGUUGAUAACCUUAUUGGUUAAUUUGUCUUUUCUAAUCCAAGGAUGUGUUGUGUUUCUAUGGAACUGUCAAAGGAGGGAAUUGCAGCAUUUGAGGAAAUGAACUUUUCUCUUGAUACUGUCACAGUUGUCACAUGACACAUAUUUAAAGUUCUGGUUAACCAUAGAGCUCCAUAAUUAUUUUUCUUCCUUUUUUGAUGCUGGUUGGAUCUCUACAGUACUUCCCUGUCCCCAUUCCUAGAAAAGUCCCAAGUUACUUAUUUUCCUUUUAGUACAAUGAAAGAGAUGCUCAGGAUGGCAUAUCCAGUAUACAUGCAUAUCUACCGAAGUACAGUAUAUAAAUGUUUGGUUUUCUUUCACUAUACUCCCAACCAUCCAUGCUACAGUGCCCUGCCAUGUGGUGCAAAGCGUCCUGCUCUUCUCCCCCCUCGCCCUCAAAAAAAACCAAAACCUAUCUCCAGCAAUGCUCUGACAUUUCAGGUUCAUUUCUUCUUACUGGUAUUUUUAAAUUCAUUCUACUUUUAUUAUUGUGCAUUUCACAUAUUUGCAUUCAAGGAAAUUGCAUAAGGGCUUUGUUUUGUUUUUUUCAGAUUCAGUAAACCAGAAAAUUCUUAAUUUAUCCAUUCAUUUAACUUGUAAGAAGCAGUAAAUAGCUGAUUUUAAGAAAAGAAAACUAGCAAAACUAGCUUUUCACCAUACAAGACAGCUUUUUUGCUUCCCUUGCUUAAAGCUGCAUUCUAUCUUGUGCCAAGUCCUAUGCACCACUGCUGAAUGCCCACCAGGUUCAUCUGCCAGCCUGGAAAUUCCAGUGCCAGCCCAUCUCUACUUGCAACAAGACACAUUUGGGGGCUUCUUUAGAACUGGGACCCCCAACAAUUGCUCUGCAUCUUAUUCUCCAGCACUCCUUGCAGUUUUAGCAUCCAGGGCAAUUGAUCAAUGCGAGUAGCAGUGCAGACUUUAAAUCUCUUUUGUAGUUUGUAUCAGGAAAUACGGUAAUGAUCUUAGCCUUAGAAGUUCAUGUAUACUGAGGCCAAGGAUGAAGAACCUGAGGCCCUCCAGGUCAUGUUGAAUUUCAGCCCCAGAUAAUAUUGCCAAUCGUCAGAGAUGCUUGGAUUUGUAAUUCAACAGCAUCUGGGGGGGGGGCACAGGCUCCCUGUCUCAGCUUUAUAGGAUUUUCAAUACCAAUUUUUGUCAAUGAAGCAUGGGAAAUGACCUUAGGGGACUCAAAGGAUCCUGCUGGAAACAGAUCUAUUGCCUUAAUUCAAUACCAUUUAGAUUUAUUCUGCAGAUAGAGAUCUCUGGGCUCACAUCAGACCAGGACUUUCUAUGUUGUCUCAUAAUUAAUACCUCAGUUAGCUGGACAAAACUGUAAGUUAAAGAUAAUGUUACGACUGAAUGUGUCAUUCUGAAAGCAUGGGGGGUUGCAGUUUUCAGUGGUAUGCCCUUUCUGAACUCCUGAAAUGCUGAGGUUCAAGAGUCACAAACGCAGGAAGUGGUCAAAGCGUAACUUCGUAAAUGCCAAGGAUUCUCUCCAGAACAGAUGACUGAGUCACAGCUUAGAGGGCCCGUAACAAUAACAUCGCUUAUGCUAAACAGCCAAGGUGCCAAAUCUCUUUCAUGUAUUAUCAGGUUACCAUUUAUGUGCCGAGCAGUAAAAAGAGCACAAGAUGUCCUGUGUUGAGACAUCUGUGCCUAAAACGGGGUGGGGUAGGGAGGAAACAGGCAUGAGAAUUACAGUGAUUGAGUCUUUGGUAUACACUCUAGUUGAAUUUCUAAUAUUAUGUUCUCCCCCUGCCUGCCUCUCUGUGUCAAACCCUCAGGAGUCCUCAGGCCACACCCCUUCACAAGGCCUUUUUUGUCUUGCUGGAAUGUGCAUUUGAGAGGAAAAACAAAAGGUUCCCUACCACCACCAAUGUUUUCCAUUAUAUCA